UUUUUUGACUGUAUAACCGCGCCCUUCAAAUCAUCAACAACUUGUCUCUGCUCUUCGUGCUCAACGUUUGCUGCCGCCGCCAUGCAAGUCUUUGUCAAAACGCUCACAGGGAAGACGAUCACCUUGGACGUCGAGCAGUCAGACACCAUCGAGAAUGUCAAGGCCAAGAUCCAGGAGAAGGAGGGGAUCCCCCCAGAGCAGCAACGUCUCAUCUUCGCAGGGAAGCAAUUGGAGGAUGGUCGUACGUUAGCCGACUACAAUAUUCAGAAGGAAUCUACUCUGCAUUUGGUGCUUCGUCUACGCGGUGGGCUGAAGAUCAUGGUUGUGGGUACUGGCCACUUCACCUGCAUGAGUGACGGCAGAAUCCAGGACAUGGAGCUCAAAGGGGAAAAGUUCAGCGUGGAGGUCGGCGAGAGCGACACCGUGGCAGCUCUGAAGGAUAAGAUCAAGAAGGUGAAGAAGAUGCCUCCGGCGCAGCAAAUUCUGACACAUCAGAAGCAGGUGCUGGCUAAUGACAAGAAGAAUGGCUCGGAGCUGCAACUCACCUCAACACUGGACAACGACGAAGACGUGUUGGCUACGGGAGACGAAGACUAGGUGCCGCGUUCGCACAGGACUGAAGGAACGAGGAAAUAGGUCAUAGAUGUAUGCCGAUAAUUGUAGCCCCACACAUGUCGAUAAUUGUAACCCUUUUGAUAUUGUGAUAUUAUUGCCCUCAUUGUUGUUUUUGUUCACAAAUGUAUGUAUAUAUUGUAAACUUGUAUGUAUAUUUUGUUGUGUUGAUAAAUAAAGUGUUUAAAAAAUUGUUUUGCUUUUCUAGAUUAGGGUUUGAGUUUCUAGGGUAUUUUCUCUGAUGUUCAACAAUAGCUUUUGAGUUUUCCCUUUGAGCUUUCACUCUCCUUUUGUCAGUUUUGCCCUUAUUGCCCUUCUGACAUUUUCCUCCACCGUUUGUUGAAUU